AUGUCCAGGGUUGCUCUUGCCACUACUUCUGUGCAGAGUUAUGAACCAAGUAGAUUAGCUCUAGCAGAAGCUUCUCUGGCGGCUGCCGGAUUCCCACGUUUGACACUCCAAUGGAAUAAUACUAUCAACACUCCUUGGAACUCGGCUGUACUCAACUGUCUUCUGGCGGCUUGGCUAGAGUCUGGCCAAAGAAUCCUCACCAAGUGGCUAAGUGGCAAGCGUGCCAAAUAUAGUCAGGAGGAAAAAGACAAGGCACUCAUAGCAACCCCGGGCGGAGCUGAAAAAUAUGCUAAGAGGCUGCUUGAAUCUAAGGACAGGAAAGCUAUGAAGGCCUUAAGGACAAAAGUUGCUCAAUCACGCUUACAAGCCAUUUCGAAACACAUCAAAGGCUUCACGGACACCCAUCAACUACUCCUAGUAAUGGACGAAGUGCAUUCAGACACUGAGACGGUCCCUGCAACCCCAGCAAAGCCGGCACAUCAACGUCGGAUCAAGCUAGCUUGGAGAAAGCCAGAGCUGGAUCAAUUGAUUCACCUUGCUGACGAAAUGGCCAGAAAGAACCCAGACUCAACAAAGGCCCAGAAGACCAAUGUGGCCAAGUUUCAGGCAGCCAGGGCUGAAUCCUCACCUGCUGCUGUCAAUCCGGAAGACCAACUCCCACCACAGUGA